CUGCCGAGCUCCCUCCCCCGCAUCACCUUUUAAUGGCCCUUCGGUUGCACACAGAGAUAUGAACAGGGAUCACAAAAUGGCGCGUGACAUUUUUCCUUCCAGGAACGCAGCGCGACGUAGGACAGGGAUGAGUUCCUAAGCGGCUUUUCCGCGCAUUAUCAUGUGGGAGAAGAAAGUCAGCGCAGCGCAUAGCUCUACCGGUGCGCGCUGCCACGAUAGGGGUCGCUAUUGGAAAUAGCUCGCCGAAGCCGGCCCUGCGGCGCGCCUGUGAUGACGUGCGGCCGCGAGGGAGACGGCGAUGGCGGCUUCCCUGCGGGACAGCGUGACUGCGAACUGCUGAGGAAGGGAUUCUGAGCCUGAUCUAUUUCCAGCUUUUAUGACGUUUUUAACACUGGAAGAUUACACUUUGCUAUUCGAAGAAAUUAUAUUUAAGAAUAAUGGCUAAUUACAAACCUGUCAUAGUUCAGUCUUUUCCAAAGCUUGGUGAGAAAGUGACUAAAGAUACAUUGUACUGGAAAAAUUACAAGGCUCCCAUUCAGAUAAAGGAGUUCGGUGCAGUUAAUAAAAUAGACUUUUCUCCAAUUCCUCCUUAUAACUAUGCUGUCACAGCUUCAUCAAGGAUUCACAUUUAUGGUCGAUAUUCACAAGAGCCAGUCAAAACAUUCUCCCGCUUCAAAGAUGUAGCCUACUGUGCUACAUAUCGAGAUGAUGGGAAGCUGCUUGUUGCUGGCAGCGAAGAUGGCAGUGUUCGACUCUUUGAUAUCAGUGGGAGAGCACCACUGAGGCAGUUUGAUGGUCAUACUAAAGCUGUGCAUGUUGUGAACUUCCUUUCUGAUAAGUACCGCAUAGUAUCUGGAGCAGAUGAUUACACAUCUAAGGUGUGGGAUGUUUCAUCCUCAUCAGAAAUAGCAUCUUAUGAAGAGCACACAGAUUAUAUAAGAUGUAGCUGUAUUAGUAAACAGAAUGCGGAUCUUUUUGUAACAGGUUCAUAUGAUCAUACUGUGAAAGUCUUUGAUACACGGACUGAAAAAAGUGUCAUGACAAUAGAACAUGGACAGCCGGUUGAGAGUGUUAAUCUCUUUCCUUCUGGAGGCCUUCUUGUGACUGCAGGUGGUCGAUACGUGAAAGUGUGGGACAUCCUUAAAGGAGGACAGUUGCUAGUGUCCUUGAGAAAUCACCAUAAAACUGUCACCUGUUUGUGUCUGAAUAGCUCUGGUCAAAGACUGCUCUCUGGCUCACUAGAUAGGCAUGUGAAGGUUUACAGUACAACUUCCUACAAGGUCGUUCACAGCUUUAACUAUGAAGCAUCAAUUCUCAGUCUUGCAUUAGCACCUGAAGAUGAAACACUGGUAGUAGGAAUGACUAAUGGAAUCCUGAAUGUUAAACAUCGGAAGCAUGAGGGAGAGAAAGAGCAUCUUCAGAGGAGGGGACCUGCAUAUAGGACCUUUGUGAAAGGAAGAAACUACAUGCCAAAGCAGGAAGAUUUCUUUGUCAGUAAGCCAGUAAAGAAUCAUUUGAAGAAAUAUGACAUGCUUCUAAAACGUUUUGAGGUUUCCAAGGCUCUGGAUGCAGUACUUCAAGCUCCUGCAAGAAAGAACCCACCUGAAGUUACCGUUGCUGUCAUGCAAGAAUUAAACCGUAGAGGAACAUUGAAAAAUGCACUGGCAGGACGAAAUGAGAAACAACUAAAUGUGCUCCUUUCUUUCUUGAUAAGGCAUGUUACUGAUGCAAGAUUUGCUCCCGUGCUGAUAAAUGUUGCAGAAAUUAUUAUAGAUAUCUACAUGCCUGUAAUUGGACAGUCACCCAUUAUUGAUAAGCAAUUUCUGAAACUUCAAAACCUCAUAGAAAAAGAGAUUGAUUACCAAGAGGAAUUAUUAGAAGUCUUGGGGAUGAUGGACGCGCUGUUUGCUACCAUGACAAGAAAAAGGCCUGCUGCUAUGGAUGAGAACAAACAUAAUUUAUAGAAAGCACUGGGAUAUGUUCCAAUAUUGUACAAUUUCACCAGAAAUUAGCCUUUGACUCUUUUAACCAAAUGUGUUAACUGAUGCAUCUGUUUCCAAAAUGAUUGCUUUGGAACAGGAAAGCAUCCACAAUACCCUUUUGAAGAAUCCAAACUCUUCAUAAUUGGACAACAAAGUUCUCCCAGGAAACCUUUAUUGCUGCCAGAGUUUUUACUAUUAGAAAGCUAUUUAACUGUUAAAAUAGUUCUGCUGGUAUUGUAUAACAUUGGACUUACUUAUAAAGAUCCACUGUGCUCUUGAUUUUUAUGAUUGCAUAUGGACAAUUCAAGCCAUUAUCAUUCUUGCAGUUUUCUUGAAGAGCUGGUUAUUUUUUUAUUCAAAUAUAAAUAUCAUAAUUCCAUUAAACUAAAUCAUAUUGAUUUUCA